GGCAUGUUUCUCUCGACAAAUCGCGGCUCUGGACCGAAUAAAUCAUUAUCUGGCACCCUAGUUUGAGACCUUAUUACUGUUUGUUUAUUUGACGAAAUUGCGAUCUUAUUAUUGAGGAAUUUUUCCGUUGGCGGUGAGACCUUGGUGAAAAAAAAAAGGCCUCGAAAUUUUCAUCCCAGGCUAUUUUCCUGAAAAGCCGAUCAUCACCACCGCCCAUCAGCCUCAUUCUGGUGCUGAUUUUCUCGCUCUUCACGCUGCCGCUCGACUCAGCAGGCCAAUUCCUUGCCGCCAAAGUUACAUUGAAGAAAGCAAGUACUGCAAUAGAAUGUACUAUCUACCCUCAACCUAUCCGCCAACAGAAUCAAAGAGAACAACGCAGCGUCACCACGGCCUCCCCGUCCCGCACCAAGUGAAAGCUCCUCCUCAUUUCUUUCCAUUGAUGCCCACUUGAUCUAGAGAAGCAAAUCUAUUCGAUUGCCUUGCUGCUAUCUUGUUUCUACAUUCCCGUUUUCUGGUGCUGCCAUCCUGGGUGGGCGAUAUCAACCGACGUCGGUGCUUAGCGAGGAACACUUUCGCCUACACGCUCGUACUCCUACUGCCUGUUUGCGUGAUCGUGUUACACCAAAGGAAGAGCAAUACCCCUCUCAGCGUCCGCGAAACCCAAUGCACCUGGAAGCUAUUUAAAUAGGCUAAUCGACAGCAGCGACUCCCAGUUCUCAACCUUCACCUCGUUGCUGUCCCCUCCCCGAAACGCCUUUCGCACGCUCGCAGGGAGAGGUGAUCCGGAUUCGAUUGGCCCCCUCAUUACACUUCUUUUCAUAUGGACGUCCCGACCGUCUUGAGCCGGUUGUCGUCCUGGUCAGUUGUAACGCGGCGGUCGAGCCAGAGCUCGUGUCAAGUCGUGCUGCAUGGCCAUCUCAAUUGCGGACACUUCCGGCCCGUUUCUGGACCCCAUAUUACCCAUGCCUAACCUCAAGAAAUCCGCCCCUAUUAAACAGAGCUUCCUGCAUCGAUUGGGUUUGCGAAAAUGGCUGGCAAAGGAAAGCAAAGGCCCGCAGAACGCUCCCGCCCCCAGACCUCCCUCUCCCGUGCCGCCUCCUCUCCCUCUCCCUCUUGCCGCGCCACCACCACCCAUUGAACCACGUCGGCCUGUCAAGCGGCCCGACCACGAGAGUAGCGAUAUUAAAGACAAUAGCGAUGACAAAUAUGGCAUAUCUCCUCCUCAGAGACGAUCUGUGAAUAACGUAAACCUUAGUUUUGCUGCAGAAGGGGAUUUGGAGACCCAAAAAGCUGAACGUAGAGAGCUUUUGACCCUCAGCGAAAAAACUGAAAAGAGUCACCGCCGCGCUAUUUCUGCCGACUAUCGCAGGCCGCUCAGCUCCGUUCGAACGAGAUCUUCACGCGCUCUUUCCGCUCCUCGGUCUUCGGCGCCAGACUUCUCUUGGGACGAUAAUUCCUGCCUUACCACUCGCGCAAGUUUCAGGAACUGUUCUCCUAUUCUCGACAAUUGCGACACCCCAACUUAUGCCGAUACUGCAUCUGGCUAUGGAGAAGACUUUGAGCACGUGUUGCAAUUGGAAUUGGACAAAAAAUGGAUUUUGAACUUGAGUUUGCGCUUUCGGGACAGGUCGGACCGCGAAAAAUUUUUCAUCACCUAUGCGGAAGCUCCUAACCGCUGGCGGAGAGUGACUGUGACCUGUGAUUAUCGGGACGCGGAGCUAGACUCUCUCGAACAGGAUCUCAAGGAACUACGUUUCCACCGCGACAAAAAUGCCCGAAUAUACGAAGCCAUCAGGGAUUCUAUUGACGAGAUCGAAUUCUAUGAUACCGUGACGAAUCUAAAAUUGCAGACCCAUGAGGGACGUUUGCAUGUUCAUGUCACCGAAGAUAUCAACGAGGUUAUUCCCUAUCCGCCAAUUUCAAGCAUUGCCCAUCUAAGUCCGCCACUAAUCCCGGAAAGUCACAUCGCUUUUCAUAGCCAUCUGUCUGGUUUCGUCUACCAUGUGAAGCUGAAUGGAGAAAACUACGUCAAAAAAGAGAUAACCGGUCCAGAUACGGUUGAAGAAUUUUUAUAUGAGAUCAACGCUUUGCAUGCUUUACUAGAUUCUGAUUGUGUGAUCAAGUUUAAAGGCAUCUUAGUGGAUGAUUCUGUGACGGUGGUCAAAGGGCUUCUGCUUGACUUCGCAUCCCAGGGCUCAUUGGCCGACUUAUUCUUUGACUACAAAGGCAAGAUAGAAUGGAUUCGGCGAGAGCGCUGGGCUCGACAAAUUAUCAAGGGCCUUGCCGAUAUCCAUGAAGCUGGGUUUGUUCAAGGAGAUUUCACAGUGUCAAAUGUGGUUGUUGAUGCAAAUGAUGAUGCCAAAAUCAUUGAUAUCAAUCGGCGCGGAUGCCCGAUUGGCUGGGAACCUCCAGAAUUCACCAAAAAGAUUGAAAGCAAGCAAAGAAUAUCAAUGUAUAUUGGCGUGAAAUCGGAUCUCUUCCAACUAGGCAUGACCCUCUGGGCCAUGGCUAUGGAAGAAGAUGAGCCUGGAGCGCAGCCUCGUCCCUUGAAUAUCCCAGGUGAUUUAAAGAUACCUGAUUAUUUCCGAAACAUAGUCCAUAUUUGUCUGAACCCAAGGCCCCAGAAUCGUCUUUCUGCCAAGGAAUUGUUGACACUAUUUCCACAGGAUCUGCCUAACCACGCUCUGGAAAAGUUCUUAGAGUACCCUGAACAGGAUUCUGGCAAUUUCAUCACUACCCAGAGAUGUGACGUUGCGGAUUCAGAUGUUUGCCAUCAUAAUCACCAGCCGGAUGGCUUUUGGGAGCAAUCAGCUGACAGCAUCCAUAUCCACAGUUUGCCCAAUUCUAACCGGAGCCUGGACAGUGAUAUGCACAGCAAUGUGGCGCUCCACCUGACAACAACGCGUCGAACAAGCGCGAAUUCGACACAGUAUGACACCACGAGGUUGCAAGAUGAAGUACUAGAUGACCACGUCUUGCGUUUUCCUGUCGGUGAUCUGUCCUGCCCAGAGGAAGCCAGCCUAUCAGUGGAGCCCACUGACAACCACCCUAUCCUUGAAGACUUCACGCAAUGUGAACUAGACCCAAAUAAUUCUAGGAAUCCUUUUUCCUGCCAACCUGUUUUGAACACGGGUGUCUUUCCAAUUCAGCAGGAAACGCAGUUGGAUUCACUGGAACCUGGAAGCCAGGCUACUUGUCCCAAAAUAAUCGUCUCUGAAACGAAGGAACUUCCGGAAGUGCUUACCGGUGUUGGGGGACAUAUUCCAUAUUCUUUCGAAAACCCUUUCAUUCUAAGCAACGGGAAAACCAAGGCGCGACGAGUAUAUUCUGACCCUGACCUACUUUCUGAGACAUACCCAGCGGGGGCAACUUCUAGCAGUGAAGAAGCCACUGCUGAUAGUGGGGAUUUGAGCAGUGCUGCUUGUCACAAAGCUACCACACAAGUAUUGUACGCAUCAGACUUCAACAAUUUGCUUUUGUCAAAGCUACCCAUUAACCCGGCUUUUACGGCGUAUUCGACUGCGAAGGCAGACCUGGGGCUGUCGACUCACAGGCUCGCCACCCGCAUAUCUUUCGUGGAUAAAGACAGUAUUUCUGCGAUACACCUUGAUACCCCCUCGAUACCUUCCGAUGACCUUUUCACAUCGAAUUUACCUAUCAAUCCGUGCAUUGACGACAUUAGACGAUAUUCCAAGCGGUACUCUUCCUCCCACGACAGUCUCCUCACGUCGCAAUUGCCCAUCAGCCCCGCCUUCAGGGCGUCUUUGCUCCAACAAGCAAGGUCAUCCAACAAUGACCAAGUUUUAAACAUACCUUCGUCUCUCUGUAUUAACGAGCUAUCUUCUUCCGACGCACUUCCUGCUAACGAUUUAUUCACAUCGAAUUUACCAUUAAAUCCGGCAUAUACAUCGGGAUCAUGAAUAUCUCAAAUCUUUUCCACAUCUUUUUGCAAACGCCGGCAAUUUUGUACUCCGAAGAUAGUGCACUCAUAUAUAUGGGUUGCUUGUGGAUGUCUACUUUACGCUGUCGUCCUUUUUCUCGCCCGUUUUAAACAAUUACAUGCUAUUUACAUUUCUACCUCGGCGACGAUAGUAUGAUAUCGAAGUUAGUGUUGAAGCGCAGUAUCAAAAUCAGCAUGGUGGAGUUUCUUUCAUACCUUUUUUUUUUUUUUAAAGAUGCUAUGCAUUUUUAUUGUUUAGCAAGGGAUUUGGAUCAGGAUUCCGGACUGGGAUUAUUGAGCAUGUCCUGGCGGAUCAUUUGCUUCCGUGGGCCAUGUCUGCUGUGGAGCAUCGGUUUGAUAACAAAGGGGGGUUGGACAAAAAAGGGAAAGGGAAUUUCAACACCAGGAUUUUGUGUUUUUCACGAGCAACAGUUAUAUGGUUUGUUUUUUGAUAGGUGUUUAGGUUUUCCUUCUUAUGGGCAUUUUGCGACCUCUUUUUAAAUGUCUCCUGAGUUCCAGCUGUGGUAAUGCCCCCUCCCAUUUUUAUGGUUUAACAGUUAUCAAUGGAAUGGUAUAUGUGCUUUAAUGACCAUGA